AUGAAUUUUCCGCAUAUUAUCAAGUACCUUAACAACAUCAAGUCCCCUUACACCACCAAGUCCCCUUACACCACCAAGUCCCCUCACACCACCAAGUCCCCUUACACCACCAAGUCCCCUUACACCACCAAGUCCCUUCACACCACCAAGUCCCCUCAUACCAUCAAGUCCCCUCACACCAUCAAGUCCCCUCACAACCCCAAGUCCCCUCACAACCCCAAGUCCUCUCACACCACCAAGUCCUCUCACACCACCAAGUCCUCUCACACCACCAAGUCCUCUCACACCACCAAGUCCUCUCACACCACCAAGUCCUCUCACUCACACCACCAAAGUAAUACCUGCCUUGCACCCUCACCCCACCUGCCUGACACCCUCACUCCACCUGUCUGGCACCCUCACCCCACCUGCCUGACACCCUCACUCCACCUGCCUGGCACCCUCACUCCACCUGCCUGGCACCCUCACUCCACCUGCCUGGCACCCUCACUCCACCUGCCUGGCACCCUCACUCCACCUGCCUGGCACCCUAACCCCACCUGCCUGGCACUCUCACCCCACCUGCCCGGCACCCUCACUCCACCUGCCUGGCACCCUCACCCCACCUGCCUGGCACCCUCACCCCACCUGCCUGGCACCCUCACCCCACCUGCCUGGCACCCUAACCCCACCUGCCUGGCACUCUCACCCCACCUGCCUGGCACCCUCACCCCACCUGCCUGGCACCCCGCUAAGCAUUACAACUAA